AUGUCUGCCCCCAACGCCGGCCGCCAGUCCCCUGAGCCCCAGAACCAGAGCGGUUCCCAGGCCGGAGCUACGACUACCAACAUCAACCAGCAAGGCGGAGCACCCUCGCAGGAGCACGCCAAGGAGGCAUCGAACGAGCAAAAGAGUGGAUUGAGCUCCAACCCUACGCAUCCUUUGGACAAGGCUGCCGAGGAGAAGACGAGCAAGCAGUAG